CGAGGGAAAGAAAAAUAAAGAGAGAGAGAGAGAGAGAGAGAGAGAGACGAUCGCGCGAUCUCGCGCUCGCAAUCGACACUCCGUGUAAUUAUCGUGCGCGAAUAAAUUAAUCUUCAGUUCGAUUACGGUGUCCGUCCGUGGAGAACUUCCGGUCCGCGAACGUUUUGAAGCGGCCUCGUGAAACGCGGAUAAUUAGUGGCGCGGUUGACUCCUCGUUGACUUCUCUAUAUUUUCGAUGAUCCAUCGGUGAUCGAUCAUACGACGAUAGAUCAUCCGAAGGAUCAUCCGCGUGGUGAACGUUGAUCCGCGAGUGAUUUUUGGUGAAAUUAUCUCGUGUGCCUAUCCCGAGGGAGCAGCUACGAGGGACGAUGCUGGCAUUUCUGUUCGCCGCGGCGCUCGCCGUCGCGAAAAUCCACGCUAGUCAGGUGACCAUGGACGCCAAGAUACGUGACGACUCCGACUUGUCCCAGUUUUACCAGCUCCUGGAAGCUAGUCAAGUGGCCAAUACUACCCUCACGUACCGCCACGUGACCGUGUUUGCGCCCACUAACCGAGCGUUCCAGAAAUACAAUGGGAGCACGAAGAAUUUGGUUUUGUAUCAUAUGUUCCGCACUAAUGCGUCCAACCGAAUUCGCUAUAAAUUUGCUAUGAAUCCAGAACCGAAUCUGAGAACAGGAUUUAGAUUCGACUUCUACUAUUCGGAUCUCAGAUUCGAAUAUCUUAAAAAAUUCGAAUCUCCGGAUAAUUCGAAUUUGAAGCAUCACCAUUUAUUCGUAAUUCGAAUAAACGGAUAUCCGGAUAGUUUUAAAUCCGAAUCAAUCUUGAAGCCCUACUGUCUAGUGAGCCACCCUAGUUGGCCACCCUUGGACUAA